UUCAGCCAAUUGCGGGCCCGGCCCGACCCAACUAAGCGACGAAUAGGUCUCUGUGUGAAUCCCACAGAAAUGCAUUCCUUCCUCGUCCGGGAUCUCGAGUACUACGUUGAAGCAGCUGGUUUUCGUCUCCGAUUACGCCGAAAGCAUGAUUCCUCCGCAGGAGAUCGGUCCACCGAAAUCAUCUUCGCAGAGCCCUAGAUCGCCGUCGGGGGCUCCUUUUCUCUCUAUCUCCGUCACCGAUCCCGUUAAGUUGGGAAAUGGCGUCCAGGCCUAUAUCUCUUAUCGGGUCAUUACCAAGACAAACCUACCUGAAUUCCAAGGCCCUGAAAAAAUUGUGAUUCGCCGAUACAGUGACUUCGUGUGGUUGCAUGAUAAACUGGCCGAUAAGUAUAAAGGCAUAUUCAUCCCACCUCUUCCAGAGAAGAGUGCUGUAGAGAAAUUCCGCUUCAGCGCUGAGUUUAUUGAGAUGAGGCGUCAGGCUUUAGACAUUUUUGUGAACCGAAUAGCUUCACACCCUGAACUGAAGCAAAGUGAAGACUUGAAAACCUUCCUGGAAGAAGAUGAAGAGGCAAUGGAGAGAAUAAGGUCGUUUGAGACUGGAAUUUUCAAGAAGCCUGCUGAUUUGUUACAAAUGUUCAAGGAUGUACAGACAAAGGUAACUGAUGUUGUCCUCGGGAAGGAAAAACCUGUUGAAGAGACUGAUCCUGAGUAUGAGAAGCUAAAGCACUACAUCUUUGGCCUUGAAGACCAUCUAACAGAGACACAAAAACAGGCCGUUCGUCUUGUAAAGCGGCACAGAGAAUUGGGUCAAUCAUUGUCCGAGUUUGGGAAGGCGAUUAAGCUCUUAGGCGCUUGUGAAGGAGAUUCUCUUGGGAAGGUGUUUGCAGAGCUUGGUUCAAAAUCAGAAUUAUUGUCAAUAAAGUUACAGAAGGAGGCACACAACCUUUUAAUGAAUUUUGAAGAACCAUUAAAAGAUUACGUGAGAUGUGUACAGUCUAUUAAGGAUUCUUUUUCUCAUAGGGCCAAUGCUUUCAGGUUGCAUUGUGAACUGACUGAAACAACCAAGCUAAAGGAGAUCAACUUAGAAAAAUUGAACCUUAUGCGCUCUGACAAAACUAGGGAGGCAGAGAUCGAGUACAGAGAGCUGAAAGCAGAGAGCGAAGAAGCAACAAGAAGGUUUGAGACUAUCAUUAAGCGGAUGAACGAAGAAAUAGUCCGGUUUCAAGAACAGAAGACUGCAGAAAUGGGACUGGCCUUCCAUCUAUUUGCUAAGGGACAAGCAAAGCUAGCUAACGAUAUAGCAGAUGCAUGGCGCAGCGUCCUAACUAAGAUUGAAGCUUAUUCUCUUUCGUCAGGACACGACUAGUUCUAAUUCUGGCUCCUUGCUCAUCACGACACCGGGUUGUUUCUUAGUCAGUGGCUUGCAUGAGAGACUGAGAAGAGAGUACUGGAACAUUGGACUGAAGAAUUCUGGAGCGCUCCGGGAGCCCUGUGGGUCUACUUCCUUGUCAAUACUUGUGGACAACUGUAACAGAGUUAGUUUGCUUAAUGGAUAGAUAAUCUUCAAUAUCGUUUCCUUUGUCUCCUCUUUGAAAGUGUUUAUCUUAAUCAGGACAUUGUUUCUAUGUGCUUCAGUGGAUGUUUAAGAAUGAUAAAUUGCAUAAAGUGGCAUGAAUAAUUACUGUAUUAUAUAUAUAGAAUAGUUAUCCUAAA